GGUAAAGCUGUGCGCCGCGGGGCCACGGUUGGAACGCAGGACCCGGGAGACCGAGCGACCAUGGACGCGCCGCGGGGCAUCGGCACCUUCGUGGUGUGGGACUACGUGGUGUUCGCCGCGAUGCUGCUCAUCUCCGCCGCCAUCGGCAUCUACUACGCCUUCGCGGGGGGCGGCCAGCAGACCUCCAAGGACUUCUUGAUGGGCGGCCGCAGCAUGACAGCCGUGCCCGUGGCGCUGUCCCUCACCGCCAGCUUCAUGUCGGCCGUCACCGUCCUGGGCACCCCCUCGGAGGUCUACCGUUUUGGGGCCAUAUUCAGCAUCUUUGCCAUCACUUACUUCUUUGUGGUGGCCAUCAGCGCGGAGGUCUUCCUCCCGGUGUUCUACAAACUGGGAAUUACCAGCACCUACGAGUAUUUAGAGCUUCGAUUUAACAAAUAUGUUCGUCUCUGUGGAACAGUCCUCUUCAUUGUUCUAACGAUUCUCUAUACUGGAAUUGUUAUUUAUGCCCCUGCCCUGGCUUUGAAUCAAGUCACAGGAUUUGAUCUGUGGGGUGCAGUAGUGGCAACAGGUGUGGUCUGCACAUUCUACUGCACACUGGGUGGUCUUAAAGCAGUUGUCUGGACAGAUGUUUUUCAAGUUGGGAUCAUGGUAGCUGGAUUUGCAUCUGUGAUUAUACAGGCUGUAGUGAUUCAAGGUGGGAUCAGCACUAUUCUAAAUGAUGCCUAUAAUGGUGGAAGAUUGAACUUCUGGAAUUUUAAUCCUAACCCUUUGCAAAGACAUACAUUCUGGACAAUUGUUAUAGGAGGGACCUUCACAUGGACCAGCAUCUAUGGUGUCAACCAAUCCCAAGUGCAGAGAUAUAUUUCCUGUAAAAGCAGAUUCCAGGCAAAAAUGUCUCUCUACAUCAAUCUUCUGGGACUGUGGGCAAUCCUCACCUGCUCAGUGCUUUGUGGGCUCGCCCUAUAUUCCAGGUACCAUGACUGUGAUCCUUGGACAGCCAAGAAAGUGUCUGCACCAGACCAGCUCAUGCCUUAUUUGGUACUGGACAUUCUACAAGAUUAUCCGGGUCUUCCUGGACUUUUUGUGGCCUGUGCUUACAGUGGAACAUUAAGCACAGUGUCCUCCAGUAUUAAUGCCUUAGCAGCAGUAACUGUGGAAGAUCUAGUUAAACCUCACUUCAGAUCACUCUCAGAAAGGUCUCUCUCUUGGAUUUCCCAAGGACUGAGUGUGAUGUUUGGAGCUCUGUGUAUUGGAAUGGCUGCACUGGCAUCACUAAUGGGAGCUUUGCUGCAGGCAGCCCUCAGUAUAUUUGGCAUGAUUGGUGGACCACUUCUGGGCUUGUUUGCUUUGGGCAUUUUGGUUCCCUUUGCCAACUCAAUUGGAGCACUUGCUGGUCUUCUGGCUGGAUUUGUUGUUUCUUUGUGGGUAGGAAUUGGAGCUCAACUGUAUCCUCCACUGCCUGAGAGAACUAUGCCACUAAGCCUUGAAACCUAUGGCUGUAACAGCACAUACAAUGUGACAAAUUGGGUGACAACCACAGAAAUGCCAUUUUCUACUAGUGCUUUUCAAGUAUAUGGUGCUGAAAGGACUCCACUGAUGGAUAACUGGUAUUCUUUAUCAUAUCUCUACCUCAGCACUCUUGGAACUUUGGUAACAUUAUUCAUGGGAAUGCUAAUCAGUUUACCAACAGGAGGAAGAAAACAAAACUUAGACCACAGAUUCCUACUAACCAAAGAGGACUUUCUUUCCAAUUUUGACAUUUUUAAGAAAAAGAAGCAUACUUUAAGCUAUAAAUCUCAUCCGAUAGAAGAUGGUGGAACUGAUAACCCUGCCUUCAACCAUAUUGAAUUGAACUUCACAGACCAAAGUGGCAAGAUCAAUGGGACUCGUUUGUGAAGCAGCUGUGAUAUUAGAUGAUCUUAAACAGUGUCCCAAUUUGAUAUAUUUUCUAAGAAAUUUGGGUCGGGUUUAGAUUUUU